GCCAAUUUUAAAGUUCCAGAAAUUCACUUCUGUGUUCCAGAGGUUUCUGAGGUGAUCAUUAUUCCCAGGGAUAUUUGCAACUGGCGCAUAUGGCAAAAGCAACCUGACCCUGACGACAGCUCUGCUCCUGCAGUAUUUUGUCGCUAUCCAUAUAUCUUAACAUUUCCCACUAAGGUUAAUUAUCUGCACAUUGAUGGAGACAUUAGAAAGAAUGGUGCCAAGCUUCAAGCUCAACAAGAGCUGGUGAUGAAUAGAAUGCAGGGCAUCGGCGAAAAUCCCAGGAUACCAUUGUUACACCUCAAAGUGCGACGUGAUCAUCUGUUGGAAGAUACCCUGCAUAAACUGAGUAUCGCAGAAGACUGUGAUCUCAGAAAGGAACUACUGGUGGAAUUCCAGGGUGAGACUUCAGUUGAUCCCAGAGGUGCACUUACAGAGUUCUUUCUCAAUCUGGGAGAGAAGAUGGUUCAUCCUGAUUAUGGAUUAUUCUCUUGCACUGACCCCGUGUUGCCAGUAUGGUUUCCAAGUCAUGCAUUAGCAGAGAAGAAAAAAUAUUAUUAUUACGGAGUACUUUGUGGUCUGGCAAUCUUCAACCAGUGGGUCAUGUAUCUGCCAUUUCCACUUGCCUUGUUUAAGAAGCUUCUGGGCAAAAAAUCUACCCUGGAUGAUUUAAAAGAAUUGCAGCCUACUUUGGGAAGAAGUCUACAGAUCAUACUGGAUGCUAAAGAUGAAGUAGUGGAAGCCCUUGAACUGUAUUUUACUAUCACCUGGGAAAACCAAACAGUGGAACUUAUCCCAAAUGGAACAUCAGAGCGUGUGACCAGUGUAAAUAAGCACAACUAUGUGAACAAGUACAUUGACUACAUUUUCAAUACCUCUGUGGCUGAGACUUUUGAGGAGUUCAAGACAGGACUGCACAAAGUUUGUGACAAAGACAUUCUGUCUUUUUUUUCCAACCAGAUG